AUGUUAUCUUCUGUUGUAACUGUUUGUAUUGGAAAUCCUUAUCGUUAUGAUAAAAUAAAUCAACCAUUGGCUUCAUAUUUCUAUCGUUUAAAUUCGCCAAAUGCAACAUUUAGUAAACCUGUUCUCAAUUCAUUAUACAUUCCAUUAAUUGUUAAUUUAUUUAGUCGAAGUCAAGCAGAUGAAUUGUUAUUAAUUGCUUUUGAGUUUAGUGAUAUUUUACCGCAAUUUAAUUAUAAUAGAAUCGAUUGUUCGAAAGUAUUUACAUUAUCAAUAUCACCAGCGAUGGGAAAUUAUUUUAUAUCUGAUUGGAAAACAUCAGGAACAGUGUCUUAUUAG